AACGUGGAGCUCCGGAGUCAGGACUGCGAAGAAUAGUAGGAAGGUUGAAGAACGAUUGACGAAGACGGAGUGCCGCCUGUGGCUACGACCAAGCGACAAAGACGCGAACUCUAGGGCCCUGUGUCGGCCGUUCUUCCUCUCUCUGGAUCCGGCCCUGCCCGCGGACUGCGGCUCUGCGGCCUCUGCCCCCAGCUCCACUGCUCCAGGGAUCCGCUCAGUCCAGGUUAAAAUAGGAAUUGCAGGUUCAAAGUUUGCCAGCUUCAAAGGCAGACCAAUCAUUCGAACAAUCGCCAUGAGUUUCCUCUUUGGCAAGAAGAAAACUCCAGCAGAGCUUCUGAGGGAGAAUAAGCGGAUGCUUGAUAAGUCAAUUAGAGAAAUAGAAAGGGAGAGACAAGGUUUACAAACACAAGAGAAGAAACUGAUUGCAGAGAUAAAGAAAAGUGCAAAGCAAGGGCAGAUGGGAGCUGUUAAAGUGAUGGCAAAGGAUCUCAUCAGGACAAGGCAUCAAGUCGAAAAAUUCUAUAAGCUUAAAUCCCAACUUCAAGGCGUCUCCCUCAGGAUUCAGACUUUGAAAUCAACACAAGCAAUGGGAGAGGCAAUGAAAGGGGUGACCAAGGCAAUGGGGACGAUGAACAGACAGAUGAACUUGCCCGCCCUGCAGAAGAUAAUGCAAGAAUUUGAGAUGCAGAAUGAGAAAAUGGAAAUGGUGAGUGAAGUGAUGGGAGAUGCCAUAGACGAUGCUUUGGAAGGGGAUGAGGAAGAAGAAGAGACCGAAGAGUUGGUCAACCAGGUCCUUGAUGAAAUUGGAAUUGAUAUGAAUCAAGAGCUCCUCAAUGCACCUUCAUCUGCUGUAGCAGCACCAGCAGCAAAAACUAAGGUUCCCCAAGCUGAAGCUACAGGAACUGAUGACGGCGGAAUAGACAGUGAUCUACAAGCAAGGUUAGACAAUCUGAGGAGGAUGUAAAUGAUAAAUAUAUCUUAAAUUUGAAAUAAACUACCAUGAAAGGAGAUGUUUUCCCUUUUGUUAAAGUGUUCAAUCAAUGAGCUACAUCAAAGUUUGGGAUUGCUAUACUGACCAAACAAGCAUUCUUGUAAAUGUUUAAUUUAAAACUGAAUUACCGAAAUCUUUUGUUCAUGUGGAAUGAUACUUCGUUUAUCUGAAAUGAAGUAAUUUGAAUACUUUUAUGUCUA